AUGAAUGCUGAUUAAAAAGUUAUUUAAAAAAAGAGAAAUAUCUAAAACAUAAUUGAUAAUGAUGAUGAAAUAGGAGAAGUAGCAGAAUGGGCAGGAGUAUCAGCUGCUUAAGCUAAAGAUGAUGAUGAUUUUAAUAUUGAUAAUAAAUAACAUUUUUAAUAGUCAAAUCAUCAUAUAGAAAUGGCUAGAUAAAAAAUUAAUUAAAAAUUUAAUAAGAAAGGAAAUAAUGUAAAUUAAAGAAAUGGAACUUUAGUUAAUAAUCUUAAAGAUAAGGCUAAAAGUAUAGCAUUAUAGAAUAAUCAAAAUAAUGAUAUACCUAAAAAAUAACAAUGUUAAUCUAGUGACGAAGAAAAUUAAAAGCCUCCUGUUGAUAAAGGUGAAGAAAGUCCAGAUAAAAAGAUUUUUAGAUUAUCAGAUAGAAGUAUUGAUAAAAUUGAAUAAGAAUUUUAAUAAGCCAAUAAAGAAAGAAUUUUAGACUUAGAAAAGAAGAAAAAUGAAAUUAAACAAAUUAAUUUUAUUGAAGCUUUAGAUUAAUUAAAAGGUUCUUAAGAUAUUAAAGAUUAGAUUGAAUUUAUAUAAAAAAAUACAUCGUUUUUAGAUAAAAUAUUUGGAUGUUUCAGUAUCCAUUUAAAAAGUACCAGAUUAAUAUCAGAAAAAAAUUAAGUAUUAUAAUUCUAAAAAAGGUUUGCUUAAUGUCGUAAUUAUCAUUUGAUGACAAUAACGAGUGUCAUUUUAGAAUUCUUUAUACCAUAUAUUGUCAAUUAAUGACAACUGAUUAUUGUCUUAGAUAUGGUUCACAUUGGGAAAUGAUUGGAUUUUAAGGUACAGAUCCAGCUACUGAUCUUAGAGGAGCUGGAAUACUUGGAUUAUUAUAAAUACUUGCUUUUAUAUCAGAAUAUAAAAUUUAUAUCAAGUAAACACUUAAAUUGUUUCAAUAAAUAAAAAUUCCUAUUAGUAUUACACUUAUUAAUAUCACAACUUUUGUAUUAGUUAGUCUUAAAGAUAAUAAAUUAAACUAACUCAUUAAUUAAGAAGAUUCAGUUAUCAGUGUUGUGAAUAAACUUUAUUUUGCAGGAUUCCAUCUAUUACACAAAAUUCUUAAAAAGUAUAUAUUUUUAUUAAUGAAAAAAGAGAACAAAUUACUUUCCAUACUAUUGGAAAUCAUUUGACACAUAUAAGAAAACUCAUACAUGAACAACCACAGAAAUUGAUCAGAGAAUUUCAUUCAGAUAUUCAAAGAUUUUAUAAAAUUAAUAACAUCUGA